AUGCUCAUGUCGUGUGCAUGCAUCAGCACACCCUCUCCAUCCGAGGAGGCAGACUCGGAGGACUCUUCAUCCGAGCACGACGAGGCUCUCUCGAAGGUCAAGGCUGCUUUGUUUGAGGAAUGCAAGAUGAUUCUCGUCGUUCGCACCGAUCUCGGCAUGACCAAGGGCAAGAUCGCCGCGCAAUGCUCACACGCAAGUCUGGCAUGCUACAAGACGCUUUCGCGUUCCAAUGCUGCUCUCGUCCAACAUUGGGAACGCACAGGUCAGGCAAAGAUUGCGCUCAAGUGCGAUUCUGAGGACGAGUUGCUCCUGUUGCAAGCACAAGCAUUAUCGCUUGGCCUGUGUGCUCGCACGAUCCAAGACGCCGGGCGAACACAGAUCGCAGCAGGCUCGACGACGGUAUUGGGCAUCGGUCCUGCGCCGAAGCAACUGAUCGAUCAAGUCACGGGUCACCUCAAAUUGCUCUGA